UUAAAUGGAGCAGAUUUUGUAUUGCGUGCCUUUCACCCAGUGAGUCGAGAUGACGUGUUCCUGGUGCCUAUGUAAUGCUUUGCUGAGUGCUCUCAGUCUGUUUCUGUAACCACUGUUCCCUCUGCCUGCUCCUACCUGUCAGUCCCCCUCUCUCCCUGCUGUAUAUAGUCAGGCUGGGAGAAGAUUGGGAGACUCCAGUCCACCCACUCCCCUCCUGUGUCCUGUCCUUCCCUCCCCCCCCCACCAACAUCUCCCGGUGACUCCCAGGCUUUAUCACCGCGCCUCAGCAGCGACCUGCAAACCGCACACCCAAUAAAACUACAACAUGGAGACCGUCCAGCCAGCACCAGCACCAGCCACAGCCGCCGCCGCCAGCCCCGAGUCGGCCGGCUCCAGAGGCGGACACAGCGUUCCGAGAGGCGGCGGCGGUGAGCACGGAGCGCCCGCCCGCCGCCACAGCUGCUCCAGCACCAACCGAGGUAUUUCAGUCACAAAGAAGACGCACACAUCUCAAAUUGAAAUUAUCCCAUGCAAGAUCUGUGGAGAUAAAUCGUCAGGAAUCCAUUAUGGCGUCAUUACAUGUGAAGGCUGCAAGGGUUUCUUCAGGAGAAGCCAACAGAGCAAUGCUACCUACUCAUGCCCUCGACAAAAGAACUGCCUCAUCGACCGAACAAGCCGCAAUCGAUGCCAGCACUGCCGAUUACAGAAGUGUUUGACAGUGGGAAUGUCUCGAGAUGCUGUCAAGUUUGGUCGGAUGUCCAAGAAGCAGAGAGACAGCCUGUAUGCUGAGGUCCAGAAACAUCGUCUGCAGCAGCAACAGCGAGACCACCAGCAGCAACCUGGGGAAGCAGAACCCCUGACUCCAACGUACAAUGGGCUGACAGAACUGAACAAUGACCUCAGCAACCUUUACAUGGAUGGGCACACUCCAGAAGUGGGCAAAGCUGACUCAGGAAUGAACAACUUCUAUCUGGACAUUCAGCCAUCCCCAGACCAGUCCGGUCUAGACAUCAAUGGUAUUAAACAGGAGCCCAUAUGUGAAUACGCAGCGGUCCCUGACUUUUUUCCAUACUGCUCCUUCACAAACGGUGAAAGCUCUCCCACUGUCUCAAUGACAGAACUAGAGCACCUCGCACAGAACAUCUCCAAGUCCCACAUUGAGACCUGCCAGUACCUGCGGGAAGAGCUGCAACAGAUAACAUGGCAAGACUACGUGCAGGAAGAAGUGGAGAUUUACCAGAAUAAGCCCCGGGAGGUGAUGUGGCAGCUUUGCGCUAUCAAAAUAACUGAGGCGAUUCAGUAUGUGGUGGAGUUUGCGAAACGGAUCGAUGGAUUCAUGGAACUGUGUCAAAACGAUCAGAUUGUACUUCUGAAAGCAGGUUGUGACGACUUGAUCAACUCCAUCUUUGAAUUCGGCAAAGGUUUGUGUAUGUUGCACCUCGUGGAGGACGAAAUCGCCUUGUUUUCUGCCUACGUGCUGAUCUCUGCAGAUCGUCUCUGGCUCCAGGAGAAGAUAAAAGUUGAAAAACUGCAACAGAGAAUUCAAUUAACGCUCCAGCAUAUUUUGCAGAAACAUCACAGAGAGGAUGGCAUUCUGACAAAGCUGUUAUCUAAAGUGUCUACGUUACGAACACUGUGUAAUCGGCACAUUGAGAAGCUGUCCUCGUUCAAAGCAAUACACCCGGACAUUGUGCGGGUACAUUUCCCUCCGUUGUAUAAGGAGCUGUUCAGCUCCGAGUUUGAGCAAAUGAUGCCGACGGAUGGUUAGAUAUUGUCAUCAGAGGAGAUCGAAACCCUGGGAAGUACCUGCAUCAGAUAAUUGAAGAUAUUUCACAUUUUCCCCUUGCUGCACUGCAGUGGCUGUGCACAAGUCCAGGAGAUUAAUGAAGCAACAAAUUUCUUGGGUGGGGAGUUUAGGGGAUGGGGCAGGGGGGGUGAAUUAAUAUUAGUUUCUUCGUGAAAGUUGAACUUGUUUUUCUCAUGCAUUUAGUUUGUGUAGAGCACAGCGCACAGUGACAUUAUAAUGCUGAGAAGCUAAUUUAGAGCAAAUCUUUUACAGGGUAUAUAGAGUAAAUACGUGAACAUAACAGUUAUUAUCAGUAUAUCAUUUUAAACUUGAUGUGCUGUGAGACAAAAUAUGAAUCUGCAAUUUAAGCACUUUUUUCCCAAUUUGUACAUGAUAUGUUGUAUUUAUUAGUUCUGUUAAUAGGACGUGCACAAGAAAUACAAGUUUAACAGUUGAGUAUAUGGAGGGAGGUUUGGAGUUUUAGAUGCUGCUUUAAGGUUGAUAUUUGUUUAUAGUAGGAAUGCCCACAUACUUAGUUUGAUUUACAAACGCACUCCAAUUUCCAUAGUCUGUGCGGCUGAUUAUUGUCUCAUUGAUUCAGAUGAAGAAUGGUGCGAUGAAGGGUAAUGGAAUCAAAAUGAUUUAUAAAAAACGAAGCCUUGUCUGGACCAUUUUAGAGAGAGUUCUAUUUUUAUAACCCUGGUAUGAAUAUUAGGAAGCACUUAAAAUAUUCCUGCAAUAAAAGAGACGUGAUUUGUGCAAGACAAUGUUUUUUUGUAAGGCAAGCCAACAAUAGAAAGAAGUGUUAUUUUCUAAGAGCUUGGUGUUAUUUUCUUGUGAGAAUAUGUCUGGUCCUAGUGAAAUCUUUUCGAUUAAUGUGCCACAGUGUAAGUAUGUUUCUGCUAAUGAAGCAACACAAGUCUUUUUAAUCUUGAAAUGGAGGUUUCCUUGUGAAACAACAUUCCAAAAAAAAAACGCAAAAAUGUAGAAACAUUUAAAGUAAGUGUUUAUAUGUGUGUGUGUGUGUGUGUGUAUCUGUGAGAGAAUGAUGAGUCUGUGUCACUGUUGCUUUUUGCACAUUAACUUCAUUCCUUGGUAGUGCAAUAUGUACAAAGGGUACUUGCUAGUGUACAUUUAACCCCUCAGGGAAGAUAAACAAAAACGUGUUUGUACAGUCUCUUAUCCUGCUAAGGGCUGUUGAGUAGAUCACUCUGUGUGUCUGUGUGUGAGGCAGUCAGUCUGGCUCUAAUCCUGGAGUGAGUCUGGAUUCAGGAGUCAGGCCACUGUUUGUUUGAAAUGCUCCAUAACUGUGCGACACUCCUGACAAUUCUUGUCACUGUGAAAGACAAUCCAGAAUCCUGAUUAAAUGAUAAGAAUCCUAGGAAGAAAAUCUUGAAGGCCCGACAGAAAUCAGACGGAGGGUUUGAACUUUUUUUUAGCUCAGGGAUAACUUAGAUUAUAAUGAAGGUGUGGAAUGGUCAGUAGUUCCUGUAACAGUAAACACAGCAAAGGCAUUCAGACCCUUAGAAGUUGCAAACUGAAUCAACAAGAAUAUUGCUUACAAUUAAUAUUGGAGGCAAUUUAUUGGACAGUGUCUGGAAUCCACUAGAGUUAUUACAGGCAGUUGUAAUUUUGUUUUUGUAGAGGGAGAGCUGUUAAUGAAGGCUUCUAUGGAAUACUGGCUGACCCUGGAUUUGCAAUCAG